AUGGUUAAGGUUCAACUUCAAGAAGAGGAAUUCAUUAAUCCUAAUAUUGAGGUAUUUAUUUCUUACUUUGAAAACCCUAAUAUAGAUUCUGAAUUUGACAUUUAUGAGAAAUACACAAGUGAAAAUUAUGGAAACAUAGAUAGGACCACAAUUAGAGCAAUGGCAAGUGCAUUAGGUAUUGGUCAUUCACAAGUUUAUAGAAUGAUAAAAUAUGGUAAUAUUAGAGCAUAUACAAAUUCAAUUAAACCAAAACUUUCUCAUGGCCACAAAAUAAGAAGAAUCAACUUUAUUAUAUCCCAAAUAAUACCACCUACUGUAGAUAACAUACCAAAAUUCAGUCUUAUGUAUAAUGUCGUACACAUAGAUGAAAAAUGGUUCUACAUGAGUAGGGAAACACAGAGGUACUAUUUAUUCCCUUGGGAAGAGGAGGAAUCAUAUAGGUGUGUGCAAAACAAAAAUUUCAUUGGCAAAGUAAUGUUUAUAGCAGCUGUUGCAAGACUUCAAAUUAGUUCCACUGGUGAAGUGUUGUGGGAUGGAAAAAUAGAAAAAUUUUCGUUUACAAAGAUUUAUUAUGCAAUGAGGAGGUUAGAAAACAGACUAGCAGAUAAUGCCAAGCCAUAUAUUUUAACAAAUGAUCACGCAUUCAAUGAAGAAGCCAAGAAAGAUGGAUUUAACAUUAGACUAGUUUGUCCACCGGCAUCUAGUCCAAAUAUGAACAUCUUAGACUUGGGUUUGUUUAGUGCUCUACAAUCAAUUCAAUUCAAGUCGUUUCCCAAAGACCUUAAUGAUUUGAUCAAGGCGGUCAAUGAUGCGUACGACACUUUUGAACCAAAGCUUUUGACCUACACUUGGAUACAAUAUCAACUAUGCAUGAUAGAGGUGUUGAAAGCUAAAGGCGGUAAUAACUACAAGAAUGCAGACAUUGGAAAACAAAGACUGGACAGGUUGGGUAUGUUGCCUAGACAAUUAGAAAUUCCGCAAGAACUUAUAGAUGCAGCACGUCAAUUUUUAUCUCAUGGUAUAAUUAAUCUCAAUGAUCUUCCGCAAGAUGAUUGA